UUUGAUCCUCGUGAUUAAACCUCUCUUUCUGGUAGCUGGCUUCACGAUCUAUUUCUUCUGUACUGCGCCGUCAAGGAGAAUCCCGGCUGGAAGAACCGAACGGGGGAGUUCCUCCCAACACUGGAAAGGUAUUUCUGUUCUUUUCCCACAGAAAUGUAGAAACAGCCAAGAGUUAAUUCGCUUGGCCUCUGGGGAUGAGUAGCACAAGGAGGGGGUUAUUUUGAAAGUCGGGGUGCUGGGAAAGCAGUGAGCUAAACACCCAGCAGAUGGCGGUCAGGGAACCUCAUUCCGGCUUCGCUACGCUUUAAACAAUAGAGAAAACAGCUCUCCAGUGCGCGCGUGCCCAUCGAUUCCUCUCCCGCUGUCCUCUGCCCCCUUUUUCUCUUUCUUCCUCGGCAGUCGUUUGGUUCGCGGGGAAAAACCGCGGGAGGAAAACCAACAAGAAAGGGUAGCAAUCGCCGUAUCCGCCUACCAUUAGCAAAGGCUAGGGCAUGCUCAGUAGGCGCCAACAUCGGCUUGGGAGCAGCCUGUGACUACACCACCCCCGUCUCUUUCUUGCGUCAGAUUAAUGUUCCGGGGAGGGGUGGUUGAGGGGAGCUGAGAAGGAACCACGCUCGGUUUGUCCGGGGGAGGAGCGGAAAGGGCUGUUGGGGGCGAAGGACUUGGCUCGGAGCGCCGAGCUGGCCCGCGGAACGUUGAGGCUUCUCUUUUGGAAAAUUGAUACACUUUGGAGCGUUCGCGGUUUCCUGCGGCGCCAAGGCGAGGCCCGAGCCGGUUCUCUUAAGGAACAGCGGCUCCAGGAAGACGGAGGUUGUUGUUUGGAGUUCCACUGGCGGGCCCCUGCGGGGUUUUGGUGAGCGAUCUGCUCGGUGUCCGCAGUUCGAUGGUUUGUUCCGACCGAAAUGAGCCGCCCGUCCUCCGCCGGACCCAGUGCUAACAAACCUUGCGGCAAGCAGCAGCAGCAGCACACGCCAUCCCCGGCUGCUGCUCCCGCCGCCAACACCACCGCCGCGGCCGCCACCAUCUCCGCUGCCGGAGCCGGCUCUUCCGCGGUCCCUGCCGCGGCCGCUGUGAUCUCGAGCCCUGGAGCAGGGGAAAACAGUGGGGGGCCGGUAUCGCCUCAGCAUCACGAGCUGACCUCGCUGUUCGAGUGCCCGGUUUGCUUCGACUAUGUGCUGCCCCCGAUCCUGCAGUGCCAAGCCGGGCACUUGGUUUGCAAUCAAUGCCGGCAGAAGCUGAGCUGCUGCCCCACAUGCAGGGGAUCCUUGACCCCCAGCAUCAGGAACUUAGCGAUGGAGAAAGUGGCCUCGGCAGUCCUCUUCCCUUGCAAGUAUGCUACCACAGGCUGCUCCCUGACACUCCAUCAUACAGAAAAGCCAGAUCAUGAAGACAUUUGUGAGUAUCGCCCUUACUCCUGCCCAUGUCCAGGCGCAUCGUGCAAAUGGCAGGGUUCUUUGGAAGCGGUGAUGUCUCAUCUAAUGCAUGCUCACAAGAGUAUCACAACUCUUCAAGGAGAAGACAUUGUCUUCCUCGCCACAGACAUUAACUUGCCGGGAGCCGUUGAUUGGGUGAUGAUGCAGUCAUGCUUUGGCCAUCACUUCAUGCUGGUUCUAGAGAAACAGGAGAAGUAUGAGGGCCAUCAACAGUUUUUUGCCAUAGUCUUGCUAAUUGGCACUCGCAAACAAGCAGAGAACUUUGCAUACAGGCUCGAACUGAAUGGCAACAGACGGAGGCUGACAUGGGAAGCAACACCACGCUCCAUCCAUGAUGGGGUGGCAGCAGCUAUCAUGAACAGUGACUGUCUUGUGUUUGACACUGCCAUAGCACAUCUAUUUGCAGAUAAUGGGAACCUUGGAAUCAAUGUGACUAUUUCUACAUGUUGUCCGUGAUAUUUUUGUGUAACUUGUGAAACCAUGUGGUUUCUCUGGGCAUAGUGCUUUCAUGUUUUGCUGAGUUUUUUUUUUAAAUGGUAUUCAACUGUUGCCCUGUCUUCCUUCUCAUGCAAAUCAUAAGCACAUGAGGAAGAACAGGAAUUUGCCACCAGUGCCAUUACAAACCUGUCAUUCACUUUGGAGUGAUGUAUCUGUAGUGUAUUCUAUAUAUGAACACUCCCUUCAUUGUAUGAAAUCCUGCACAACUGUUAAUCACUGGGUGGCAAUACACCCACGUAGGGAGUGUAUCUUCAUACGUAAUACAAGUGUUACCCUGACAUCUUAAUAAACUAUACUCAUUGGGAAUUUUAAAAUAAGAUUUAUCAGAAUAGUUACUAAAGCAAAAUCAGUGCCCUUUUAAUCCAAAAAGGAAGAGAUAUAUUUUUAAGAGUUUCAGUGGAGUUUUUUUAGAGAACGAAACAAUGUCAUCUUAAAACAGCUUUUUUUUAAACAUAGGGAAUAAAAGAGGUGGGACAUCCAUCAGAGGUAGCUCUUCAAUGCCUAAAGAGUCUGUGCACAAGUUUAGAAAAAUGAGGUGCAUAAAUUAUAGCACUUCUGGUUACAAGCAGGGAAUACCAUAUUUAAACAAUUCCAUAGAACAGAAACAGGGCACAGCAAAAAUGUCACUAAAUUACAACUUUCCCUCCUGCAAGGCUGUGCUACUUAAGGGACAUUUUUUUACUGUGAGGGAAUUUUUGAAAAUGUGAGUUUUUACCCACAACAUGGAGUGUAUGUCUACAACCUUAGUACAACCUUAGUACCUUAGUUCACUAUACUUCAUAUCCAGGAAGAAGCAGCCCACUGCUUCAAGCAACUGAUAAAGCUCUUGACCACCUUUGUAACAAAAUAUUAAAAAGAAAGAGUAAAUAAACAGAACGUUACAGUGUUGGAAGUGCUUUAUUUUUAAGCUUUUAACACAGAGAAAUUUGUGGAUUUUACAUUUCACACAGUAAUUCACAUAGGAGAAGACAUUUACUUUAUCAACUGAGUUUUCUUUUUUUUUCUGGCUGAUGAAUUGGUUGAAUUUUUAUUUUUUUAAAAAGAAUGUUUUCUAUUAGGAAUGAAGGUUUAGAUAUCUGCACAAUGGGCCCACUUCAUCCACUCAUCUUUCUAUUCCUAUAAGAGUUGAAGAGACUCUUUGUCAGAGCUGCUUACCUAAGGGGUUGCAACACACACACACACACAUACGCACGUAAACAUGGCAUCAUUCAUAUACACAUUCAUAUUCUAAAAACUGAUCUAGAAUAACAUAAGGAAAAUUGAUAUGAGGGAUGGUCUUUUCUGCUAUUUAAUUUUUUUCUGUGGGCAUAGCCAUAUUUACUCUAGUUUUCUAAAUAAACGUUUUGUAAAAAAAAACAACUUGUGUGGGCUCUUUUACUGGGUAGAAAAAGAACACCUUUGCAUUCAUAUCAUAGCUGCCAAGGACAAAUAUACUUCAGUGGGAUAGCACAUCUUAUGCACUGGUCUAGCAAGCUUUUCCUAACAGUCAGUGUAACAGAUGUGGAAUUUAUUCUACUAGAACUGUAUUUGCAUGAUGUCACAUGGUCAUGACAUUAGUGAACAAAGUAUGUCAUGACACACAUUAAGUCAUUCUGCACGACCACUACUAUCACCACAGACCACCAGGCUUCUCAUCUAGUUUUCUGACUGGGAAUAUAGGUAAUCAUAAUCCAUACUAGGGAUGACAAUAGACUAGAGACAGUUGAAGUUAACUCUUAGAAUUCAGGAAGCCAAAGAGAAUAUAGUUGCUUUAGUUUUAGAUAUGUUCAGCUUUUUUCCUCUAGCAAUAUAUAUUGAGUUUUGUCAAAUAAGAGAAUGCAGAAAUAAAUUAACCAAGAAAAUUUAACAUUAUAUAAUAUAAAAUCACCUGGUUUAAUUUUUGGUAGUGCUAGAAACUUUUCCUGCAAUUUUUUUUUGCAACUAUUUGCAGCUAACCAAAAUUAUACAAAAUAAUUAUUUGCCAUUCUGAUUGUUUUAGUAUCUGUUUCCUGGUAGGGAGAAAGCCUUUACUUUCUGGAAUUGACAUGUUAAAGAUCAACUGAAAAUGAUUGUAAAUGGCUACAUAUAGAUUUGCCUUUUUUUUUACUGUGCAGUAAAAAAGAUAUUUUAUAUGUAGAAAAAUCUUUGGCCUAAAUAUUGCUGAAGCUCACUAAUUAAAUUUCUGAAUACUUUUUUUUACAAUCAUAUUUUAUCCAUUUCUAACAUGUUUUAAAAAUUCCUUUUCAAGGACUUCCUUACAACACUGCCAUCAAAAAGGUGUGAAUAUUUAAAAGCACUUUCCUAUUGUUAUUAUUAUUAACCUAUUUUCAGUGGUUCUCCAGUGGCCUACUUUCCCUUUCAUCUUUAUACUUGCUAUGCCUGACUUAAUAGUGCAUAAUUUUACUCCUUGCCAAAUUCUCAACAGCACCUAUUAUAUGACUCAUACAGCCAAAAGAAAGUCAACAGAUUUUUUCUGAAAUGCCAAAAACAGCUUCUGCUGAAGCCCAAUAAUCCAUUUUGUUCUUAUUAUUAAAACAGAUUUAACAAGUUAA